GCUGAGCGAAAGCGUUCAACAGUUUGAGCUUUAAACAAGGAACAAAAGACAGCAGAAGAAGACACUGCAUUUCACUUUAAGGACAACGAAGGACUAAGGACGCGAAUAAAGAAGCCACUAACUUUUUAAGAGGACUUGCACAUCUCGCAGAAAUGAUUUUUGAUAAGUUAAAAAAGUUUGACAUCGUCUUCGACUCUCCGGAGGUGGACAGCCCCCCUGUGUUCAGCAGUGGGGACGUGGUGUCCGGCAGGGUGGUGCUUGACCUGUCCGGGGAGAGUAGAGUGGAGUCCCUGAAGCUUCAUGCAGAAGGGUUUGCUAAAGUGCACUGGACCGAGUCCCGGUCCGCCGGUUCCAGCACUGCAUACACCCAGAACUACAGCGACGAAGUGGAGUACUUGAAUCGGAGAGAAGUGCUGCUGCAGGCAGAUAAUGGUGAAAUGACCACCCUCCCUGCGGGCAGACACGAAUUUCCAUUCAGCUUCCAGCUCCCUGAAGAGACGCUGGUCACCUCCUUUGAAGGCAAACACGGCAGCAUCAGAUACUGGGUCAAAGUGAAGCUCCACAGGCCGUGGGCCACCGUCAAAAAGAUUAAGAAGGAGUUUACAGUCAUCGAGCCCAUCGACAUCAACACACCAGCCCUACUGGCUCCACAGGCUGGGACAAAGGACAAAAUGGCAAGGGCAUGGUACCGCAACUUUGGACAGGUGUCUGUAACCGCAAAGAUCGACCGCAAAGGCUACACACCAGGUGAGGUGAUCCCCGUCUUUGCUGAGUUUGACAACUCUACCUCCAGAUCAGUCGUUCCCAAAGCCUACAUCACUCAGACACAGACGUUCAUCGCCCGUGGCACGAUGAAGCAGAAGCGCUCGGUGGUAGGGACUCUUUGCGGUGACAUUGUGGGAGCCAGGAGCAGGGAGACGUGGCAUGGUCGUGCCAUCAAGAUCCCACCUGUUGGUCCCUCCAUCCUGCAGUGCCGCAUCAUCAAAGUGGAAUACAUGCUAAAGGUUUGUGUCGAUGUUCCUGGGACGUCCAAGCUGUGUCUGGAGCUGCCGCUGGUCAUCGGCACCAUUCCCCUCCACCCAUUUGGCAGCCGGACAUCCAGCGUCAGCAGCCAGUACAGCGUCAACCUGGAGUGGCUGCGCAUGGCCAUCCCAGAGCAGCCUGAGCCUCCUCCAGAUUACAGCUCUGUGGUGACAGAGGAGGAGGCCGAGCAGCGAAAUAACACAGUGGUCCCACCGCCUGCUGAAGACCUGAGCGGGAUCCUGGAGCGCCCCCUCAUGGCAUUUGUCCAAGAGUUUCGCUUUAGACCACCGCCAGUGUACAGCGAGAUCGAUCCCAACCCUCAGCCCUUCAACAUGAGACCCCGCUGCAUGACGUGUUGAACCAUGAGCCCCACCUGAGCGUCAAGCGACAUGAAAUUUCGAAAACGAAUCAAGAGAUUUGUCUUCUCCUGGAUUACUUCUCUCUGAUAAAUGGCAACCGGUCUCGCCGAGCGUCGUGUAGAGGGACCAGAGCGCCACGGAGAGGUCAGCAGACGGAGCUAACAGGAACUGAGCUGUCGGCAGUGGAGCUGCCAUUUUUGUUGUCCAGACAUUUUCCUGCUCUGUUUGGAGAAACAGGCAUCAGUUCCUGUCCUCCCUGAGUGAUCUCUGCUCUCCCAACGAAGCAAGCUUCAAAUACCUCCCAGUCAACGGUUCCCUCAUGGAAGCAAAUUUUUGCGAUUUUGGGACAUAUCUUGGGGGGUGGGGAGAUCCCUUUAUAUCUGUCAGGAGCAGAGUUGGAGACGCACCUGGUGUUUAAAGUUUGGAAAAGCGCUCUUGAUAAGGUGACAAGUAGUCAUCUUUGAGUGGCGUCAAACAUAAAAGGUGCAAUUAUUAUCCUCAGUUUCCAACUGUCCUGGCCCUGGCAGCACAGUAGACUUUAACAACUUAUACAGCUAUGCAUUGUGUGAGUCAGCCGCAGUGUGCCUGUGAUACUUUCUACUGUUACUGAAGCAUAAACUGUAUCUGAAGGUGGACAAGUGAAGUAAGCAGAUGUACGUAGAUGUACUUAGAUGCAUGCAGGUCACAGUAUUUUAAAGGGAAAAAUACGUAUGCCUUAAUUAUCUGCCGUGGAAGAUUGCACAAGUGUUUCAGGAAGUCGUUCUCUCAAACAAACAGAGCUAGAACAACAACAAAAAAAACGCUUCGACUGUAUGUGGAUGAAGCUUAGGAGAUGUGUUAAUGUAAAGCUGAAAGCACUCAAAUGUCACAUAGCUGUGGUUGUUGACUUUAGUGCGGUGAUUAAAUAGGAUGGGCAGUUUGUGUAUAGAGCUGCACGAGGCUUGCCGAUUAGUGCUCCCAGCCGCUAAACAAAAGAAGGAGGAGGAGGGCUCUGAGCGUUUGAUGGGAGCCAGAUGCCCCGGUGCUGUGCAGUUCAAGUCGAGCCUCAAGCUGGAGAUGCCACUAAAACUUUUGUGUGUGUGUGUGUGAGUGUGAGGAACAUUCCAAAAACAGACUCGAGGAUCAUGUUUUUACUCCUCAACUUCCAAAAAACAAACUGUUAGGAGCAUGAAAGAAGUCUUCAGGGUCAGCUGUGCGACUUUGCUGUCACGCACUGAAUAUAAAGAAUGUAUUUUUAUACAAAUGCAAUUAUUGAUUCAUAAUGUUACCAAAGUUUUGUAAUUGAUUUUUUUAAGAAAAUAAAAAAGCUCAAAAUGA